UCGACGGAGUUGUCACCAUGGUAACCGGUGGCGCCUAUAGUCGCUCUCCGGGCGGCCUUCCCAGUGCCUCCCGUAGAGGCCUGUUCCGGGGCGGGCCAAAGGGGGUCACUUCCGGGGUCCGUCCCGGCUCCCGGCCGUUGCCACGACGACGAAGCUGCCGGCCAAUGGCUGGCGGACGGGCCCAAGGUUCCCGGCGUGCAGCGCGGCUGCCUGAGGGCGGCAGGCUCAUGGCGCCGGCGUCGCUUCUGCUGGCGCUCUGGACGCUGGCGGUUGUGGCUCUACCCGGCUCCGGGGCGGAGGGCGACGGCGGGUGGCGCCUGGGCGGGCCGGGGGCCGUGGCGGAAGAGGAGCGCUGCACGGUGGAGCGUCGGACCGACCUCACCUACGCGGAGUUCGUGCAGCAGUACGCCUUCGUCAGGCCCGUCAUCCUGCAGGGACUCACGGACAACUCGAGGUUCCGGGCCCUGUGCUCCCGUGAAAGGUUGCUGGCUUCGUUUGGGCACAGAGUGGUCCGGCUGAGCACCGCCAACACCUACUCCUACCACAAAGUGGACUUGCCCUUCCAGGAGUAUGUGGAGCAGCUGCUGCACCCCCAGGACCCCACCUCCCUGGGCAAUGACACCCUGUACUUCUUCGGGGACAACAACUUCACCGAGUGGGCCUCUCUCUUUCGGCACUACUCCCCGCCCCCAUUUGGUCUGCUGGGAACCGCUCCAGCUUACAGCUUUGGAAUCGCAGGUGCUCAUAACCCCACAGGAGCCGGCUCGGGGGUGCCUUUCCACUGGCAUGGGCCUGGAUACUCAGAGGUGAUCUACGGUCGUAAGCGCUGGUUCCUUUACCCACCUGAGAAGACACCAGAGUUCCACCCCAACAAGACCACGCUGGCCUGGCUCCGGGACACAUACCCAGCCCUGCCACCAUCUGCACGGCCUCUGGAGUGUACCAUCCGGGCUGGUGAGGUCAGUGGCUGGCAGGAUAGGGCCAGGCCAGGCCAGAGGCCCGCAGCUAAUCUCCGCUGCACCCCCUUCCUCCACCAGGUGCUGUACUUCCCCGACCGCUGGUGGCAUGCUACGCUCAACCUUGACACCAGCGUCUUCAUCUCCACCUUCCUCGGGUAGCCAAAACAGCUGGCAGGCCUGCCUGUCACACACCAGCACGUCCCACCUCGUGCUCACGGAUUUUAUUACACAGAUAAUGGCGGCAGUGGCGUCAGCCCAGCCCACCCUCACCUGCUUUUCCAGCCCACAGAGGGGCACGAUCACGGCCCAGCAAGAGCUAUGCUGAGAGGGGGAACAGUCCAGAGUCCCAACAGCAGAACUUGGGGGAAGAGGUCGGGGUGGCCAGGAACACAAACUAUGUACAGGGGCCGGGGGCUUCUGCCCAGGGCUCCCGUGGACCAGGACGCCGGGCAGGGCAGGGAACCUCAGUAGUCCUCCACCCAGCCAUUCUCAGAGAUGAAUGCGUCAAUAACCUCCUUCAUAGCCAGGUUGGGGAUGAGCUGUUCCUGGGUCAGGGGGCUCCGGGUCACGGGGUCAAAAUGACCCACACGCUGCAGUGACAAGAAGGGCAAAGGGCAGUCAUUGGGCCCAGGACCAUGCCGCUGGCCCUGCUCCCCCAGCCGCAGCCUCACCUGCAGAUGCUCCUCAAUGUCCUUGCGGUCGUAGGUGAUGCCACUGGGUGUGAUGCACGGCUCCCGCAUCAGCUCAAAGCUGAUCUUACCACACAGGUAGUCGGGGAUGUCUCGCUUCUGUGGCACGGGCACACAGUCAGAGGCUGGAAAGGGGCACUGCUCAAGCACCUGCCACCCACUGGCAGCAAGCGACAGACACUCACCUUCCUCUUCUCGUCCACCUGAGAGAAGAGCUCAUCCAUGUCUGCCAUGUACUUGUCCUGUGAAGAGUUCAGCGCUGCGCUUGGGGGAGACACCCCACCUCCCUCCUCCAUGGGGCACAGACCCAACACAAGGCGGGGAUGCUCCCACGCCACGUGCACACACACAGACCCACGUGUGGGCGGGGGGCACCCUCACGUGCUUGGCCUCAAUGCAGGCCUGCUGGGCCCGGACGUGGCUGUCGUCCUCAUCACCCUCGUGGUUUCGCUGGCACUCUUCCAGCUCCCUGGGGGUUGACCAGGAGCCGGUCAGAGAUGGACCUGGCCAGAUGUCUGACACACCCCAACCUCAGGGCUAACAUCCACAUUUCUUCCCCACGUUUCCUGCUUGCGAGUAAAGCCUUCGAUAAACA